UUAAGGUGACGGAAAUAAAAAGUUAUACGGCUGCGGUGGGAAUUAAAAUAUAACACCGUAUUUAGAAGACCAGUAUCAUAAUAGAAUGUAUAUUUAUAAGUUAUAUCUAUCUAUAUAUAUUCUAAAAUAUAUAUUUUAGUUUUUAUAUUGCGUGGGUGAUAUAUACAGUAUUUAGUUCCUGCAGGAGAGAAAGGAACUCCUGCUUCUCAAGAAACGAAAACGAAAGUUCUCUACCUUUUCACUCACUCGCUCUCUAAAAGGGAGGAUUACUUAAACAGGGCCAAAACAAAAAGACUUCUUCUGCUACUUUCUGUGACCUACUUUUGUUCUGACUGCGCUGCAGGAAACAACAAUAUGUCUUCCAUCACAUUCUACGGCUGGGACGUAGACUAUGACGAGGACCGACACCUGCAGGCACAGCAACAGGCUAAAUCUGACAGGCGCUACACCAUGUAUCAUGGAACUAAGGUCCAAACAGCGCGCUCAAUUAUCCAAAGUGGCUUCCGCCAGUCUGCUGACGGCAUGCUGGGACCUGGGGUCUACGUGAGUCGCAACCAGAGGAAAGCUGAGCGCUACCCUCUGAACUCACCCAUCACUGACAAGGUGGUGCUCAAGCUGAGCGUGGACUGUGGGAAAGUCAAGCGUAUCGACACAGACAACCACCCUAUGCAGAAGUCCUGGCACAGUAACGGCUACGACACAGCCUGGGUGCCACCCAACUGUGGCAUGAAGGCUGUGCCCAGUGGCCUGGAAGAAGAUUGCGUUUGGGACCCAAAGCGUAUUGAAGUCAUAGAUAUUGCUUUGGCACCAAACACUACCAUUCAGAAUGAGCUUAAGCAGCUACUUGCCCAGAGCCAGAACCAGCAAGGCCAGGCUGCUGCUUUAGCCAGCCCAGGAGCAUGUCAUCUAUGCAAGUGGAAAAUCGUCCCGGCACACAGCGUCCAAACCUGCUGGGGCUGCGGGGAAACUGUCUGCACACUUAUGACCAAGCAUAAGUGUAAGCACUGGGGAUAGGAAGCCAUUUAGAAUACUCCAAGCCAAGACGGACUGAGAGGAUUUAAGGAUUAGUCUUGCUGUAGCACGCCGUUGGCCGCUGGGUAAAUGGGCCACAGGUUUUUUUUGUUUGUGUUGAUCUCAUUUGAUUUUUUUAAUUGAUAUGUUCAUACACUGAAGUUUCAGUUUAUCAGUUAUGUAUACCUUGUGCCUACACUCAUUGGCCAUUUUAUUUGAUCAGAAACACCUACAAUAUUGACACACUUAAGAUACACUAAAGGGUGCUCAGUCAUGGUGAAGGGUUUAGCUCCAACUCAACCUUAAAACAUCUAAUCCUAGUAAGGAUUACAUUUAGAGGUAUCUAAAUUUUUAAAGGCAGGGGUGCGAGGACAUUGGAUCUAAACUCACCAGUGUGAUUGAUGUAUAGAACCAGGUUCAACUCUUCUAUGUGAUUAGGGUGCCUUCACCCCUAUCUUAUUUGGUCCAGACUUUUGGACUUUAAGACAGACCAAACCAAUUUUUUUAAGACCAAAGGGCCAAAAUAUGUGGAUUCAGUACGGAUCUACUGAUUCAUGGUUUGGUUGAUUUGCAGAAUGAAAUCACAUGUUUGGAUAGUACAGUACAGGACGUUGAGGCAGUCUAUAUUUAUUCAUUCAACAACAGAAGAAGAAAAAUAAUUGCCGUUGUGCCAAACAUGUGCGUGUCACACAGGAGUAUGAGCACAAAUGCGUAUACCUGUAUCUGGUGUAACUCUAGUCUAACCCUUGACCAAUUUACAGUCUGAUAGGAAUCUGUUAUGCUUGAUUUGCCAAACUGACAACAUUUUACAAACCAGCGUCAAGCAAAAGCAGAAGCAAUAUACUGAUGAUUAUGACAUUAAGAGGUUUAUGUUAUGUUCGCUCUCUAUACUGCAGUGUGAAACCAAAACUAACUAGACCAGAUGUUUACAAUGCAGAAAAAACAGCACCCUUAGUUUAGACUCUGGUCUGGAGUUUCAGGUGUGAAAACCCCUAAGUUUUGGUUGAACUAGCAAUUUAUUACUAGCGAUUAUUUUUGUAACAAUCAAUUGUUUUAGAAAUAAUUGCGAUAAGCAAUAUUGCUUACAUUUGAAUUUAUUCUACUGUAAUAAUGAUUGUCAUUAUAAGCCUAAUCCACCCUUUUAAAACCUUUUGAAAUUAAAAACUGUAACAUGGAUGGUGUGAUUUUUACCAAUUCAUGUCAAAAGUAAAACUUUUUUGAACCGUGAAUAAUGGCAAUUUAGGUUAUUUGUCUACAUUUGAACAGUCACAAUUAUAUAAUACUGGUACACUGUCAAGCUCAAACAUAUGUAUAACCAACUGUCAGAAAGGUAGUUCCAGUUAUUUUUUUUAUGUUUUAGACAAGCAUUGGUUCCUCAGUGUGAUAGAACUCAUUGACUUCAAGGACUGGCACCUCUGCUAUACCAUGCAUGUCUGUGCAGAGUUGUAUACAGUUACUGACUGUAACUCAUAUCCUAGCAACUUUAUAAGAAACAUCUAUUUGUUUGAUAUGUAUUGUAAGUGUAGAAAUAGAAGAAGCGCAACUAUAUCCUUACUGAAUGUGUGUUAGUCAUACUCUCAUCAGUGGUCAGUUUCUGACUACAGGAUAUCUGCCAGCUGGAUAUUUUUUGCCUUAGUGCAAUGUGAUACACAAACAUCAAAUUUUGAUUUAGUUUGGCAUGGUGGUUCUCUGUGUGAUACUUUGUCCAAUGCAACAAAAUUUUUUAAACGUCAUUUUAUUUGCCUACAGUGAUUUAGGUUUGGCUCAGAUAAAAAAAAAAAAAAAAAAAAACUAAAAAAAAAAAAAAAGCAUAAAAAGUAUAGUUAUUUAAGAGAGAGUGCACAUAAGCUCUGCCCUAUUUUCCUUUAUUUUUACUAUAAUAGGCUAAUCAAAACAUAGACGCCUAAAUUUGAUUAUUAACAUGAAGGCAUCCAGUCUAAAUGUGUUGGUAGGUUUUCAAAUAAUUAAAGCUUUACUGUGGGUUAAAGUGGGUGUAGCUCAUAAAAUGGCCUAUGAGUACAGUUGCAAUAAUACACUCAGUGUAUUUUUCUGCCUUUAAACACACACUAAAAAACAUAUAGUAACACAUAAUGUGUAUACUCUUAAAGGUGUGUUCAUCUAUUGGCCUAAAGUACUGUAGCUGAAAUCCUUGUUUAUGUGUCUUAAGAGGUGACUGGGUAAGAAUCUAAUUAUAUAAUAUAUUAUUUGUGUUCUGUGCUGUUCUGUGCCAUUCACAUAUAUGGGUAUAUAUUCUCUUCCCUACUGUGACAUUCUGGCUUACAACUAGAAAUCCCAAUUGUGCCAUUUUUUGUGUAUUCUUUUCAUAAAUAAUGCAUUACCUAGAUAUGUUUUAAAACCUGUGGGAAUCCCAAAGUGAUAAAGAAAAUGUGCCUGUCUCUAAAUCGUCAGAAAUACUGCCUAUUCACACAGGAUACUGGGGCAGGAUUCAGAUUUUUAAUUCAGCCACUUGGGCUUAUAAACUAAGAUGUGCUGUUGGGCUCUCUAGCAACCAUGUUAUCUAGGUUAUGGGUACUCUUUUCAUUCACUGCCUUUAAGUUUCCACACCCAGGUGCUUGUGUUUUUUCAGAUAUUCUUUACAAAUUUUAAGAUACAGCCCCAAACAGCAGUCUGAAAACCAGAAGGUCCUGUUCUAGAAACUAUUGCAGCUCCACAAUAGGGGGUGAAAGGGCAUGUUUACAACAGGAGUAGUAAUAAUACAUUUUGUUAUUUUAGCUGCAGUAUCUCUCUUAUAAUUUUCUCAGGAAAACUGUAAACACAACUGCCUUGAUGUAUAUCAUUAUGAUAUUGCUGUUCUCAUAAUGAAACCUAAUUGUACAAAUUGUUAACUUUAUCAGGAAGUGAUAGUUAAAAGCUGUGCUCCAAAGUCUAGUCUACAGUCGAGGUAUGAUGGGUCCUCAAUAGGGCUUGGGGAUUCACCCUGCCUCUGCUGCAGUCUAGGCUUUAAUAUUCAUAUAAUGUGUUUAUUCUAUUGUAAGAAUUUAAUUUCAAGUGAUCAUACAUUAUUGUUGUUAGCCCAUUUUCUGCAGUAAUGAGCUUUUGAUAUGACAGAAAUGGUAUAUGAAAUCUACAAUCAAGGAAUUUUAAAAUAUGAUUUAUACCAGUCAAGUAAUGUUCAUACAGCUGCUUUUAAAUUGAAUUGAUUUUAUUUUUGUGAAAUAAACAGAAUGUUAAAAAGAUA